AGACAUGCGUGAAGCGUUUCAGACUGCUACUGUUGAUGAUAUGGGCGAGGAGUGAGCGACUGUAGAUGCUUGAGUGACAUGGGGUGUGUGAGUGAGAUGAGAGCUGUGAGACUAUGUGGGGAUGUGGAAUGAGUCAGAGUGUGUGUGUGUGAUGAAAUGUAGAGGCAUCCAGGAGCAUGUUGAGGCAUGCAGGGACAUAUAGGUGUGGGCAUGUGGUGGCAUGGCUGUUGAAAAAUCUAGAUGAAAAUAAACCUUUCAUCUGCCUCUGCACCUCCUCCACAAUUCUGAGUCCUGACUGUGUGUGAGCAGGUACACGUGGGGAGGGGGGUUACUCGGGCAGUUGGGGCAUCGUACACUGCAGGCUCGAGGCGGCACGUGUGAGGUGCUGCCGAGAAGGGUUGUGGCGUUAGAAGGAGUGGUGGUGAAACAGGUUGCAUGUGGACGCACUCACACAUGCGCUGUCACCGACAGGGGGGCUCUCUACAUCUGGGGUGCUGGAAGAGACGGCCAGCUAGGCACCGGCCCCACCUCCUCCUCCUCCACUCCCCCCUCCUCCUCCUCCUCCUCCUGCCCGUCCUUCCAGCACUUGCACACUGGCUUUCGUAACCAUUCCAUGAGAGGGGGCGGGGUAGCUCCAGCGUUUGGCGGGCUGUUUCAGGGGGGGUUUGGAGCAGGGGCGAGUGCGGGCGGAUGCUCGUCGCUGGACUUUGUAAGAGGCUUGGUGCAGCGCCUGCCCCUGCUGCUCAUGCCCAAGGGAGUGCGGCUGGUGACUUGUGGGCAGGACCACACACUUGUCGCCAUGGCGGAUGAUCAAGUGCUGGGCUGGGGCUACAACAGCUGCGGCCAGGCCGCCACAGGGAGAGAGUCGUACGCGUGGAUGCCCAUGCAUGUGGACUGGUGUGUGGGCAGAGUGCAAUCCCUGGCAGCAGGGGGUGGCCAUUCCGCAGUGCUCACUGCAGCGGACUCCCUCAAGCUCCUCACCGAGUUCCGAUUGGCCCAUUCCCUCGACUUCUCCCUUCGCUGCCCGGGAAAAAGACCAGACUGCCCAAAAAGCUGCACCGUCCUGCCCGGGACAAGCGAAAGCGGCGGAGAAGAAGAGGACGAGUCAGUGCCCUUGCGCCGUCAGCUGGAGUUGGCUCAGCGAAUCGUGGAGGAGGCUCACCGACUGGGGGCUGACUCCCUCGUGCGAUACAGCCUGCAGUUCUGGCUGCGAGUCACGAGUGACAUCGACCCAGACAUGGAUGAGAAGGAGCAACCGGCAGCAGGCAGACGCCGCCAAAUCAUCAUGGUGUAGUUACUGUAAUUAUAGGGUGGGUGCAUGUGCAAAUAUCUCGUAUACAUGGUUCACGUUCCAACAUCUUGCACAAAUACCUAUGUACAUUUUGUACAAGCCAUCAGAUCUUCCAGGCACCAAUCCUACGGUCCAUAGCAUCACACCCCAAGAACCUUGUCCUGAGGCAUUUCGGGCCUGCAUUGUGGAGCGUGACUACACUUCUCAUCACAUAACUUGGUGUCAGACAGCUGCAUGUAGGUAGGUAGUUAAUUCCAAACAUUUAUUACA